UGUGAAUUGAAUUUCCAAACAGUGGGACGAGGACGAGGACGAGGUAGAGCUAUUUGAGGCCACAAAAUCAACACAAGUCCCGUCUCGCUCGCGCCUUCUCUCCCGCCCGCCUCUGUACUGUCCUUUCAAGUACUUGUUCUUCCAUUUCCCUUUCUUUCCUUCCUCUUGGUCAAUUUUGUUUCUUUCUUUUGUCAUUUUGGGGGGUUGAGUGGUUCGCUCGCCGUCUCUUCUUCUCCUUCCUCUGAUUUCUUGUUCUAUGUUCUAUCUCCAGUUUUGGGUGGUGGGUUCGUAGGCAUCUCCAAAAGGACAAAACCCCCCCUGUGGUUUAGUCGGCCACGCUUCCUUGUGAGUCAGAAGAAUAAUCUCUUUAGUUGGGGUAUUAUAAGUUUUUUUCUCCUUUCCUUGAAAGGUGGGUAUUGAAGUAGAAACAAACUCCAAAACAUUCUCAGACUCAGACUACUCUUUCCUUCCCUGUUUGGUUGGCUGGAAAAUUCUCAGAAAAAGUUUGAAACUUUCCAACUUAUAUUUUCCUCUGUUUUGCCCUUCACUUCCCGUUUCCUUUUCUUCCCUUUUCCCGUUCCCUCAAAAUAAUUAUAAUAUAUACCUAUUUCCUUUAUCCCCAUUUCUUUCCUUUUGUUUGGGGUUUAAAAGCCUUUGCUCUGUCCCCCAAGGCUUUCUGGUCACAAGCUUCUCUUUUCUGUCAAGCGCCUAGUUCCGUGGAGAGGCAAAAUUCCCCAGGAACAAAUGAACGGGAAAGCAGCAGCAGCAGCUGCUAUGGCGGAGAAUUCUGUGACCAUUGAUGAAGCAAAAGGCGGCGGGUCGAAUCUCCCAUUGAAGCAGCAGGCGGCGAUGGGUUCCAAGGGUAGCGACGUGGGGAGCCAGAGCAACAGGGAAAUGUUCUUUAGGGCUGAUAAGAUAGAUUUCAAGAGCUGGGAUGUUCAGCUGGAGAAGCACAUUAGCCGGGCUUGGUCCAGGGACAGGGAAGUGGUGUCCAAGUCCACGAGUUUGGAAGAGUGGGAGAUUGAUUUGGGGAAGCUUGAUAUAAGGCAUGUCAUCGCUCAUGGCACUUAUGGAACAGUGUACAGAGGCAACUAUGAUGGCCAAGAUGUUGCUGUGAAGGUGCUAGACUGGGGGGAGGAUGGUAUUGCCACCGCGGCUGAAACUGCUGCUCUCCGGGCAUCCUUCAGGCAAGAAGUUGCUGUUUGGCAUAAACUUGACCAUCCAAAUGUUACAAAGUUUGUAGGAGCUUCGAUGGGGACAUCUAACCUAAAGAUCCCUUCUUCAAAUGACGGCAACAACUCGAUUCCUUCGAGGGCAUGCUGUGUUGUGGUGGAGUACCUGCCAGGUGGGACGCUAAAGAAAUUUCUAAUCAGAAAUAGGAGAAAGAAACUUGCCUUUAAGGUUGUGAUUCAACUUGCAUUGGACCUUUCUAGGGGUUUGAACUACCUCCACUCCAGAAAGAUUGUGCAUCGUGAUGUUAAGACCGAGAACAUGUUGCUGAAUUCUCAGAGGACUUUGAAGAUUGCUGAUUUUGGCGUUGCUCGAGUUGAAGCACAGAACCCAAGGGAUAUGACUGGAGAAACAGGCACUCUGGGAUACAUGGCCCCUGAGGUGCUUGAUGGCAAACCGUACAAUAGGAAGUGCGAUGUAUAUAGCUUUGGCAUAUGCUUGUGGGAAAUCUACUGCUGCGACAUGCCUUAUCCUGACCUCAGCUUCGCUGAGAUUUCCUCUGCCGUUGUCCGACAGAAUUUGAGGCCAGAAAUUCCAAGGUGCUGCCCUAGUUCAUUGGCGGGGAUCAUGAAGAGAUGUUGGGAUGGACAGCCAGACAGACGUCCAGAGAUGGAUGAGGUGGUGAAGAUGCUGGAAGCCAUAGACACGACCAAAGGCGGGGGCAUGAUACCAGAGGACCAGUUUCGGCGUGGCUGCUUCUGUUUCACUGCAGCAGUACGUGGACCAUGAGAGAUAGUUUUGUUGCCCAUCGUACCAUUACUUCUAAGAAGUCUAUAUAUAUUAGAAGAAAAAAAUACAUACCUUCCUUCCUUUGAGGUUGCACAUAUUUCUAUUGCAUGUUGUUGUAAUUAUGCUAUUGCUGUUCGUUCCAUUGCUUCGAAUUUAUGGGUUCUUCCUGUGGUGGGAACUUGUUCAUCUUCUACCAGAAUUCAUUUCUUUGUAGGAUUGUUGUACACUGAGAAUGCAAUAAAGUCAUAUGGAGCCUGUUAUUUUGGUCCAGGUUUAUGAGCUCUGGAAAACAAGA